CUAACGGAUAGCGCCCUUAAAUUUGAAAUCUUGCAGACUAAAAUUCGAAAAGCAAAAAGAAAGCAGAAAGAAGCGAAGGACAGCCCAGAUAAACCCCUCCUCUCCAUUUCAGACCAAAAUCCCAAAUCCCCACGCCUCGCGAAUUCGAAUCGCUAUCAUCAUUGCUAGGGUUUCAAUUCGAGCCCAGAUUGAUUACCAGUACCCGCGCUCGGAUCCUUCAAUCAAACCCUAAAACAAAUCUGAAUUUUUUGCAUUUCCUAGGGGUUUCGCCAGUCUAGGAUUUUCUAAGAUCGAGCAACCAAGAAAGGAUGGAUCUUCCGCCAAAAAUCGACGAUUAUAUCAAAGAAUCAAUCGAUCACUCCUUGGGCCUCCCUGUGUCCACGCACACGCUCGAAUUGAAGCUUCGAUGCUCGGAAGAAUCGAAGCAGCGGCUUCAGAACCAGUACUCUGUUCUACUCGCAAAAAUGAAGGAGAAAGAUCAAGUCCUCGAGCGCGCUAGGGCUGAAGCGAGCAUGAAUGCACAAGCUUUGAGGAAGUUCGUUGAGGAGAAUCAGAGAUUGGCGUCAGAGUGCGCGCAUCUAGUGACUCAGUGCAACAAAUGGGAGAGAGAGUGCUCACUCUACGAUCACGACCGGGAGGCUUUGAUGGAUUUUGGGAACGAGGCUGACCAGCGUGCCAAGGAGGCGGAGAUUCGUGUUCAAGAGUUGGAGGACGAAGUCAAAGAGUUAAGGGAUGAAUUGGGAUUCUACAAGCACAAAUUAGAGAUGCAUUCGGUUGAUUCAUCUUCUGAUGACACAACCAUUGGAGAGAAACUACUGGAGUCUGUUUUAGCAACAUUCAUCAGUAAAGAUGAAGCUGUGUCUGCACCUGCAUUUCUGGAGGCCAAUAGUGGAAAUGAGUCAUGUCAAAUGUUGCUAAAAAUGUGGAACCGCUUGAGGCCAUCGACUCAAAAAGUUCUGUCACUGGUGGCCAAGGUAAAGACACUUGAGAAGGAUAAGGAACAUCUAACGAUGAAUCUUUGUACCGCUGAAGAAGAGGUCAAAUUGCUUUUUGAAGAGAACAAAGUGCUAGAUGUGGAGAACAAAAGAUUACUGAGGCAGUACCACAAGGAAAGAAACCAGUCUGGUUCAGGCGGUAAACAUAACGACAGUGCAUCAGCAAAGUCGAAUAAGCGAAAAUCAAGCUCAAAGAUGAGCAGCCCAAUUCAAGCGAAGAUUGAUUUCAGUGACCAAGAACCAGCAAGACAGCCCCUUUCACCCUUGCGUUGUAACUCCCCUAACUCUAGAAACCAUAAGAAGUAAAAGAAAUUUUUUCCAACAGUCUGAUUUGUACCUUUUGUGUAUUGAGGAUAGCAUAUGACUUGAGAUUACAGAAUUUGGAAUGACUAACAAGUUUUUUUUUUG